CUCUCUCUCUCUCUCUCACUCUCUCUCUCUCUCUCUCUUCGUAUUUAUACGGGUUGGAUAGCAGCCGGCGAAGCAGGAGAAGAAGAUCUGAAUUCAGAGCCGCCGGAGCAAAUUCCUUUCUCGGAAACCCUUCUUUAUUUCUUCUCGCCCGAGAAAACCGCGGAGAAAAUGGGAUUCCCGCUGGGCUACACGGAGGUCUUCUUGCCGAAGCUCUUCGUCCGCGUCCUCUGCCUCCUCGGCUUCAUCAGGCACCUCAUCUUCUCUCUCUUCCACUCCCUCGGCCUCUCCGACUUCCUCGACACCGACGCCGUCUCGUUCCCCGCCGAGUCCCGGGGGCGGUCGCCGCCCGAGAGCCCGCCCGUCUCGGCCCUCCUGAUCCGGGAGAUGCUGCCCGUGGUCAAGUUCGAGAGCCUGGUCGACCCGCCCGAGAGCUGCGCGGUGUGCCUCUACGAGUUCGAGGGCCGGCCGGAGGAGGAGAUCAGGUGGUUGAGCAACUGCCGGCACGUCUUCCACAGGGAGUGCCUGGACCGGUGGAUGGACUGCGAUCAGGACACUUGUCCUCUAUGUAGGACCCAGUUCGUGCCCGAUGACAUGCGGGAGGAGUUCAAUCAACGGCUGCGAGCUGCUUCUGCGGUUGUCGAUUUCGCCAUUUCUGAGGACUGAUGAUAAGUUCGGCUCUUUCUUUUCUUGAAAGGGUGUGCCGACUCUGGUCUCGCGUUGACUGUUGCUGACUACGUAUGAGAUGGUGAGGAUUGGGAAGGGUAUAUAGCGUAAAGUGGGGUAAUUGGUAAUUAGCCAAAAAAAUAAUAAUAAUAACGCAAGUAGCGAUUUUUUUGUUGGAUUAGUUCUUUUAAAUUGACUUUCUUCUUUCUUCUGACGUAAAACAAAGACUGGGCUUAUACCCAAUUUGCUUGACUGAAUCCUGCAACUUGGAAUUCAGAUUUAGUACCUUGGGUAGUUCACCCCUCACUGUCGUGUGGGUUCGAAGGGCAUUUCAUCUUUUUGGUUUUGUAAGUUAGUGCAUCGCAUGUAUUAAAUUUGUUCAAGAGACAGGACACGAUUCCUGU